AUGGGGUCCCUCCCGCCUUCGCUUUGCUCUAGCAGUAUCUACACGUUGCUUGAUGCUGACAUCUCACCUCAAGGUCCCUUUACCGCCAUCACCAAGCGAACCCUCUACAUCCACAACCCCCACUCCUACCCCGUCGCCUUCAAGGUCAAGACCACCGCUCCCAAGCAGUACUCUGUGAGGCCCAACUCGGGGCGUAUCGAGCCGGGAGACAGCGUUGAUGUGAACAUCAUGUUGCAACCCAUGGCCGAGGAACCGCCGGCCCACGCCAAGUGCAAGGACAAGUUCUUGGUCCAGUCUGCAUUCAUCCACGCCGAUGACGAAGUGCGCUCUUUGUCACAGAUGUGGACUCUGCUGGAACAGACCAACAAGGCCGGUAUCGAGGAGAAGAAGCUCAAAGUUGUCUUCUUGGCACCCGAAGGUCAGGCCGAUGGUCGGGGUAUCCCAGAGGAGAUGGAAGAUAGCAGAAUUGAGGAAUCAUUCAACGAUCCCCACGAUGGUCUUACAAGGUGGACCACCAAGUCCGACAAAGAGUAUGACCCUGUCUUGUUCCCGAACAAAGGACUUUCCGUCUGGGAAGACCCUUACAACAAGCCCAUCUACGUCCCAAAGGCUCCCGUUCUCCACAAGCCCGUCACUGCCAUCUUCAGCCACGCCCAGACUUCACCCACACCUCUCGACAGGUCUGUUGGCCCCAGCGAUCCCUCCAGGUCUUUCGCCGCCGGCCCUUCUGCCCCCGCCGUCAACGAGCCCGCCCUUCCACCCCUUUCUGCCGCCGACAUCCAACCCACCAACGCCGCCCUCGAAGAAUCCCUCUCUGCUACCACGAGCGACUCUGAGAAGCUUGCCGUCGCUCUCAAAGAGAUUGAGCGUCUCAAGGCCGAGGUUGCCGGUAACACUGGUCCUCAGGUGACUGGGUUGAGGAAGAGGGGUGUCCAGGGUGGGGCGGAUACGAUUGUGGAGAAGCCUGUGCAGGCGGCGGCUGUUGCUGCUCAGCAAGGCGUGCCGCUCGAAGUGGUCGUCGGACUUGUGGCGGGUGUCUUUGUGUUGACUUAUUUGUUCUUUUAA